AACGCUGGAAAGAGUUCAGCUCUCUGUGUUUCUGCCCCAGGAGAGCUUGCCUAAGUGUUUCUGUCUCACAGCUACGAAAGAUGAGGUGAAAAAGCAGCAUUACCGGCAGAAAAUAACUGAGUACAUGACCCGAGCUGAAGACAUUAAAAAAUGUAUUGAAAAAGAGAAACAAGAUGGCAAAUACCAUAAGCAAAUUAGGAUAGAUGAAAAUGCAACAGGUUUCAGCUACGAAAAGCUUUUCCAAGAGUACCUUAAUGAGAUUGUUACUGAAGUUUGGGUGGAGGACCCUUACAUUAGGCACACUCAUCAGUUAUAUAACUUCCUACGGUUCUGUGAGAUGCUAGUUAAGGGGCCUUGCAAAGUGAAAACAAUUCACCUCCUCACUUCCUAUGAUGAAGGCAGUGGAAAGACUCAACAGAUAAAUGGCUUGGAAGAAAUAAAACAGUCAUUGAGGAACCACGGAGUAACACUGAAUCUCUCUUUUUCAUCUUCAAUUCAUGAUCGAGAAAUUAGAUUCAACAGUGGAUGGAUGAUCAAGAUUGGAAGGGGACUUGAUUAUUUUAAGAAACCACAGGGUCGUUUCAGCAUUGGAUACUGUGACUUUGACUUGCGACCUUGUCAUGAAACAACAGUGGAUGUCUUUCAUACUAAACAUACAAAGAAAACAUGAUCGCUACUUUUAAUCAGUGAUUUUAAUAGUAUGAAGAGAUAAGACUAUCGGGUACUUCUUGAAUCCAGCUGUCCACCAUCAGAAGCAACCCCAUAAUACCUACUUAGUCUAGCACUGGCCAGAGAGCUUUUAUAAUCUAUGUUUUUAAGAAUAUUUGAGCCUUUUCCAGUCUGAGAGAUUACAAUUCUGCAAUUCUGACUGUACAUAUUUCUUCCAUAAUCAUAAGAAAUACAAUCGAUGUCUAAAUUUGAGCUUAGGGGCAAGGAGUUUUAUAACAGAUCCUUAAUUCGGUCUCUCAAAGGCCUUUUUUACUAUUAUUUAUAUUUUUACUAUUAAUUUUGUUUGACUUACACCAAUUUGGGCUUUUUUAAUUCUUCAUUUCUUUAAUUGACCACCUCAUGAACGUAUGAGGCAGGGCUGUAACUUCAACCCUUAUAUCCUCUUUCGUAAGCAGCCUUUAUAUUUCCUUUAAUUCCUGUAUUCUAGUAAUGAAUACAGCUCUGCUGUGUUUUGGUUGAUCCUGUAAUACCGGAUUUUACACACUACCAGGAAUCCCAAUUCUGACGUUCUAUUGUUCAAGCUCUUUUCGUACAAACAUUGUAGUGUUCAGUUUACAGGCAUUUUAGGGUCUCUUUGUGUGUCUCUGCAUGACAGACUUUUGGGUGGGAAGAGUGCAAACAAUGCACCGGCUGUACUCUUUUUCUCCUUCUUGAUCCUAUGUGUUUUUUCCCUGCUGCAGUGUCAUCUACCUGAUUUCCAUUCUUCACAUUAGGCAUGGAGAGGUUGUAUGAUCCUCUCCCACU